GCUGACUGCAAUUCUAUCCCCUCUCUCUUUCUCACAGAGACAGAGAGAACCAAGAAUGCCUGCGAAGCCAUGCUCACUCCUCAUCGUCCAACCACGCUUCAAUUGCUACUUCAAACCAUACUUCCCCAUCAAUUUCUCAUCUUUCCGCCAUUUCUCUCCUCGCCCUACUCUCAAUGCCUCCCUCUUCUCCGCCAACCCUAGACCCCAUUCUUCUCUCCCCUCCACCGGGUCGUCCCAGAUAGACCCCGGCAGCAGCCGCGGUGGCAGAACCGGUGCCCUGACUCCUCCGCCGUUCGCCGACGAAGUUCAGAAGAUCGAUGCCAAUCCUCCGAAAGGUACCAGGGACUUCCCUCCUGAGGACAUGCGCCUCCGAAGCUGGCUCUUCCACAACUUCAGAGAGGUUUCGCGGCUGUUUGGGUUCGAGGAGGUCGACUUUCCGGUGCUGGAGUCGGAAGCGUUAUUCAUCAGAAAAGCUGGGGAGGAGAUAAGGGACCAACUAUACUGUUUUGAGGAUCGAGGGAAUCGCCGUGUCGCCUUGAGGCCCGAGCUCACCCCUUCUCUUGCGAGGCUGGUGAUACAGAAAGGAAAAUCUGCACCUCUUCCGCUAAAAUGGUUUGCCAUAGGGCAGUGUUGGCGAUAUGAGAGAAUGACUAGGGGUCGCCGUCGUGAGCAUUAUCAAUGGAAUAUGGACAUCAUCGGAGUACCUGAGGUUACAGCUGAAGCAGAACUUAUAUCUUCAACUAUCUCCUUCUUUAAGCGAAUUGGAGUUACUGCAUCUGACGUUGGAUUUAAGGUCUCCAGUCGAAAGGUUCUACAAGAAGUUUUGAUGUCCUAUUCUGUUCCAGAAGAUUCAUUUGGAAGGGUUUGUGUAAUCAUAGACAAGAUUGGUAAAAUUCCAGUAGAGGAGAUCAAGAAAGAUUUGAAGCACGCUGGGAUGUCUGAGGUAGCAGUUGAGGACCUUCUCCAGGUGCUCUCCAUAAAGUCACUGGAAAAGUUGGAAGAGAUUCUCGGAGAUUCAGGGGAAGCAAUUUCCGAUCUGAGACAAUUAUUCUCCCUUGCUGAAAAGUUUGGUUAUUCAGAGUGGAUUCAGUUUGAUGCAUCUGUUGUUCGAGGGCUUGCCUACUACACUGGCAUCGUAUUUGAGGGUUUCGAUCGAGAAGGAAAGUUGCGAGCCAUAUGCGGCGGCGGGCGAUAUGACAAAUUACUCUCUACUUUUGGUGGUGAUGAUCUUCCAGCUUGUGGCUUUGGAUUUGGUGAUGCUGUCAUAGUGGAAUUGUUAAAGGAGAAAGGACUCCUGCCGAAGCUAGACCAUCAAGUAGAGAACAUAGUAUGUGCCCUGGACAGUGAUCUUCAAGGAGCUGCUGCUGCUGUUGCCACCAAACUCAGGGAGAAAGGUCAAAGUGUUGACUUGGUUUUGGAGGGCAAACCCCUUAAAUGGGUGUUCAAGCGGGCAGCUCGAAUAAAUGCGCAGCGGUUGAUAUUGGUGGGGCUCGACGAGUGGCAAAAGGGUAUGGUUAGUGUGAAAAUCCUCUCGUCCGGUGAGCAAUAUGAAGUCAAGUUGGUUGAGCUGGAGUAAACAUUAAUCUGAUUUCCUAUUCAGGGUUUUUUGUAGCCAGUCAGUUGUAGGUUUCAACCUUUGUCCAUUUAUUUAUCUCCCUGAAAUUUUUGUUCUUUGUAAACUUAAGAUGGUUUAGAACAGAGACGGCCAGUCAAUUUUGCAGUGUAUUAUUUUGUAUUUCAAUACCCAUUUUGAGGCACAUACAAAUCAUAAAUUCUCUGUCGGUUGCUUUCA